AUGGGAAGCACGACUGGUUCGACCCUAGACGAGUCCGAAGACACUUGUGUAAUAUGUCUGUCGAUAGUAACAGAAAAGGCCCUCACUGUUCCCUGUAACCACCACGCAUUCGACUUUGUCUGUCUGAUAAGCUGGCUGCAAGAACGCUCCACCUGCCCACUAUGUAAGACAGAAGUGACUGCUGUCCAGUACGACUGGCAGUCCCCUACCGACUUCAAAAGUUACCCUGUCCGCCGUAGUCACCCGCCAAAGAAUAUACCGUCUAAUGUCUCCACGCGGCCGUCUCUCUUCGCUCCCUAUGGAUUACCGAGGAGGCCGCGAGGCGGUCGCCGUCCGUACUCACCACCAAUCGAAGAUGUUGCGCUCCGUGGACGCCGUGAGGUGUACCAAAGGAACCUCUAUUCACUGCACGUGGGCAGCAACCGGUUCUCAGGCUACCGCGAUAUCACGCCCCAAAUGGUCGCAAGCUCGCCUGAUCUCCAGUCAAAAGCUCGAGCGUGGAUACGGCGCGAAUUACGCGUCUUCACAUUCCUACACACAGAUCCGACUGGCUCGAUUACUAAUGAAAGUACAACGAGCAGCAAUGCCGAGUUCCUGCUGUCCUACAUCGUGUCUAUCCUGAAAAUGGUGGAUAUAAAGGCGAGCAGCGGCCAUGCAGAGAAUCUUCUCGCCGAAUUUCUGGGGAGGGAGAAUAGCAGAUUGUUCUUGCACGAGCUGAAUGCCUGGUUACGAAGUCCGUACACUAAGGUCGAAGAGUGGGAUCUAAAUACGCAAUAUGCAGAGGAUAUUGAAUAA